UCAACGGAUAGAGGCCAGGGAAAGGUGGGCCUGAGAGAUAGCAGCGAGGCGGUCAGCCGGGUAAGGCUAACAGACACUCCCAGUAUGAAUGGGAGCACAGUCGCCGAGACAACAACAGACAAUUUUCGUACAACCACCCUCCAUAUACCUUCAACUGGACAUUAUCAAGAAGAGCAUUCACCAUCAUUGUCAGGAUCAGAUACUUCUCAUGCGCCCAUACCUGUGGUGGCUUCAACUGUAGGUUACUCACAUCAGCAUUCAGCAACAAUGUCAGUACCAGAUGGUGUCACACCCCAUCCCAUGGCCCCUACUGAAGUGACUGUUCCGUCCAGAGGCCCCUCUAUCUCACCACGUGGUCCAGAAAUAGCGUCACCACUUCAACACCAAUUUUCUGAGCCAGUGGCAAUACUCAUCAUUUUGGGCAUUAUGGCCGCAGUCAUCGGAAUUAUCCUUCUCAUCUCUUGCUUGAUCAGCCGAGUGACAAAGAAAAGUUCAGUUGACAUACAACCUCCUGAGGGUGAUGACAACGGCGUGCCUUUGAGUUCUAUUGAGCAGACCGCUAAUCAAGAGUUCUCCAAUGUUUGAAAGACCCUCAAGGAGAACAAGACUUCAGUCAAUGGAAAAAGUAAUGGAAUAACCGGACGUUUCAGUAACUUAGGUACCUCCCUGAGCUGCACUAUUGUUAAGAAGAAAAUGUCACCUUUUGAGCCUUAGUGACUCACUAUGGGGGUGGGGAAACUGUUCAUUAAUAACUGAAGAUGAACAAGAGCUUCCUUGUGUGCUUCAUUUUGCUGGCAAGAAUUUUUGUAACUGCUUGACUAGAAAUUUUACUCAAAAAUUUCAAUCAA